AUGUUUGCGCCAUGCCCUCGUAACGACAUGGCCUGUUUUGAGGCGACCCUUAACAAAGCCCUGCCUCAGGUCUUCUCUGAAAACAAAACCCUUGGAGUCGAAUCAUCUGAUCCCUUGAAACUAGACCUGAUUGAGGGCGACAUACCCGAUAUUAAAUUUAAACUUUUUUCUCCAAUCACUACGGGAUACAAGCAGUGUGUUAUCAAGAAUGUGAAAAUGAACUUAGAUGCACUUACGUUACACGAGGAGCUUGACUGUCCGAAUCUAGAAACAACUGGCAAAUACGAAAUCUCUGGACGUCUCAUGACUUUACCAAUUGAGGGAAAUGGAGACUUCAAAAUCGCUGCCGAGUCAUACCAUAUCAUCCUCGAUCUUGAUUUGGAAAAUGUGGUUGGAGAUGAUAACAAAGUAUAUCUCACCAUCAAAUCUUUCAAACAGAAAAACGAAGCAACAGCUCCAAUUUCUUUCGACUUUAAAAACCUUUUUAAUGGACAAAAGGAUCAGGCGGACAGAGUCCUCACAUAUGCUAACCAGAACUGGAAGCAGGUCUCCGAUCUCCUGCAGGAACCUAUUUGGUACAACAACAUGAAGAAAAUCAUUUCUAGCGCCAACAUAUACUUAUUGACUGAACCCCUUGAUCAAAUGUUCAUAUCACCUUAG